GGAGAAAACACGUGCGGUAAGACCCCUGCUGCAGGAGCCCGGUACAUGUGGCGCGUUUGAGCGGAGAUUCACACGAGCGCACCGAAGGUGAAGUGCCGACACACCGCGAGUGCAGCCCCAGCCUUCUCAUCACUGCAGGAAUGUCUCGCCAGUGUCGUAACAGCCGCGACACGUUCUGUUACAUCUGUGGCGAGUACACGCUGAAGCCACAGAGACGCCGCAUGACCGCGCUCGUCAGGAAGGCUUACGAGCUCUACUUCGGCUCAAAAAUCGCCGAUAAGAACAAGUCGUGGGCUCCCCGCGUGUGUUGUGCGACUUGCGCCGUCCAUCUGAGGGCUUGGCUCCGUGGUGCGCGGAAGGCGAUGCCGUUCGCAGUCCCGAUGAUAUGGCGAGAGCAAGAGGAUCACGUAACGGACUGUUACUUCUGUCUGGUCAGCGUCUCCGGCUUCUCCACUAAAAAUAAGAAAUCGAUCGAAUACCCCAACCUGCCUUCAGCCAUAAGGCCGGUGCCGCAUGACGACCGCUUGCCAGUGCCGAAGCCCCCAGAGACGUGGAGCCUCGAUGAGUCGGACAGCGACGGGGAGCCAAAUGGGGAACGACUUACGGCUGAUGGGCCUCACCUGAUAACUCGAUCAGAGUUAAACGACCUGAUCACAGACUUGGACUUGUCAAAUGCAAAGGCAGAACUGCUUGGCUUGAGGCUGCGAGGAUGGGGUUUGCUGUCGCCGGACACAGAUUUUUUCCCGAUGUUGAUGAACUACGUUCACAAGAACGUGCCAAGUAUGGACAGAAGCUCCCAGAAGUUCUAGAAAGAAGAGAAAAGCUGCUAACUGAACUGGCACAAAAGAAAACCCCCAAGUGAUGGUGGGGACUUCAGCUUUGGGAACAGAACUGCGUUGUAAACCUUCAGCUUGCGGCUGCCCUUGAGACGAAUCUCAGACUAAGUGAAAAAGUUUCAAAUUAAUAACCUAUACGACAUCAAACAUAUAUUUUUUUUUUUUUUAUUAUUUGGAUAUUUUAUAAAUAAAACAAUUAGC